AUGCUCUCACGUGUUGCUGCUGUGAAGGCACCCCGCACAGACUACCGUCGCCGCGUGGCCGGAUCCAGCGGAAGGAGGAGGGAGGGAAGAGAGAGUGAGUGGCAGAGGCCCAACAUGUCCCGGCGUGCGUUUACUUCCGCGGUGCUGCUGCUCCUCGUCGUGAUGAUGUGCUGCGGCACCGGUGGAGCCGCAUCCAGUCAGGACGUGCCGUCAGGCAAGGGAUCUUCACCGAAAACACAGUUUGUUUGGGAGGAUGGGAAAAAGGGAGAAACAGUGAGUUCGCUUCGUGUUCCCGGUCUUGUUGAGAUAGAUGGCGAAGUAUUUGCCGUUGCCGAGGCGCAGUUGAAGGGUGAAAGCGAUUUUAAUGGGAUUGCCUCGGAGCUUUUGGCGUUGACUGAUAAAGCAUCAAAAGAAUUGGUUAAAGCUCAAAUGAGGACACAAGUGCUGGUGGAAUGUUCUUCCGACAAGGAGAAUUGUGCUUCCCGUGAAGCUGCUUUGGCUGUUUCUCAGAGUGAGAAGAAAGUACGUGUGAGGCAGCCAACAACAGUUGUGAAGGAAAUUGAUAUUUACAUGCUUGUUGGAAAACACAGCCGUACCGAUGCCACUGGUGAUCAGGCAGCCGACUGGAGACUUUUGCUGGCGAAGGGGAAUGUCAGUAGUGAAGCCGGCAACAAAAAAAUCUAUUGGAAGGAAACUGACGGUGUACCGUGCAAUCUAGGCGACCAACAAAACUCAUUGAAACGUCUGAUUGGCGGCGGUGGAUCGGGUGUUAAGAUGAAGGACGGUACGCUUGUAUUCCCAGUGGAAGGCACGAAAAAGGAUGGCACUGGAAGUGAUGGAAAGACCGUUUCGCUGAUCAUAUACUCCUCGGAUACUCCGAGCUGCACACUGUCGAAGGAUGUGCCUGACGGUGGCUGCACUGAUCCCUCCGUCGUGGAGUGGAAGGACAAACUCAUGAUGAUGACUGCGUGUGAUGGUGGCCCUCGCAGGGUGUACGAGUCCGGUGACAAGGGGGAUUCGUGGACGGAGGCGCUCGGGACACUCUCGCGCGUGUGGGGCAACAAACACGAGGGAAAUGUGAAGGGCGUUGGAAGCGGGUUCAUCACAGCGAGGAUUGAGGAAAGGGAAGUGAUGCUCGUCACUCUGCCGGUGUAUGCCAAGACUGAGAGCGAAGAAAAGGAAAAGGAAAAGGAAAAGGGUGAACUCCAUCUUUGGCUGACGGACAAUACGCACAUUGUUGAUAUUGGGCCGGUAUCUGUGGAAGGAGAUGAUGUUGCCGCCAGCUCCCUGUUGUACAAAAGCAGUAAAAGUGGUAAUGAGAAGGAGGAGUUGAUUGCACUGUACGAGAAGAAGGACGAAGGGGAUACGCCAUCACUCGGUAUGGUCUCUGUGAUUCUGACUGAGCAGCUGCAGCGGGUGAAGGAGGUGUUGAAGACCUGGAAGGAAGUGGACGAACGUGUCUCCAAGCUGUGCAUCAAUUCACUUGCUCAGAAGGAUCCCUCAGCUGACACUGCCUGCAGCGCUGCCAUGCCGACGGCUGGGCUGGUUGGCUUUUUAUCCGGCAGCUUCUCUGAGAGCACAUGGAGGGAUGAGUACCUCGGGGUGAACGCCACAGUAACUGGUGCAGCAGCAAAGGCAGAGCCUUCCGAUGGUGUGAAGUUCACAGGGCGUGGCGCAGGGGCGGAGUGGCCUGUUGGCGCGCAGGGGGAGAAUCAGCUGUACCACUUUGCGAACUACAACUUCACUCUUGUGGCGACGGUGUCCAUCGACAAGGUGCCGGAGGAGGGUUCUCAGAUUCCCGUGAUGGGUGUGCGUGCAGGCAGUGACGAUGAGAAUACAGAGAAUUCCGUACUUUUUGGACUGUCGUACAACAAUGAAAAGAAGUGGAAGCUACUGUGCGGUGGCGCAACGACAAAGGAGCUCAGCAGCAUUGGGGAACCGGGGACAACACACCACGUGGUAAUUUUGCUACGGAACGGCAACCAGGGCACCGCGUACGUCGAUGGUCAGCGUGUGGGUGUGGGUGCGCAAUGUGAAUUGGGAAGCACGGAAUCCCAAGAGAUUUCACACUUCUACAUUGGAGGCGAUGGAGUCAAUGCAGAGAACACAGCGGGUGACGAAGACGUGUCUGUGACGGUGUCGAACGUCCUGCUUUACAACCGUCCGUUGGCAUCCGAAGAGAUUGCGGAGCUUGCCAAAAAUAAAAUUACUAUUCCGAAGCCGGAAGAACCGAAGAAAUUGACGACACCUCCUCGUUCACCAGCGGUAAGUGGAUCAGGUGUGGAGGUAGCCGUGUCUCAGUCAAAUUCUGCCGGGCAACGGCAAUCGGAACACGAACCGUUGACGGCGAAUAUUGGUGCUGGCAGUGUAUCCGGUGCGGCUUCAAUUGCUACGACUGCCUCGUCUGAAGCCGACCAAGCGGUAGUGACAGUGGGUGGAGAAACGGUUCAGGGAAAUGGAUCACCCCAAACUCCUGAGGUGAGCGUGAGCUCUGGUAAGGAUGGGGAGACGGCGGAAGGAACGGAUGCGCAGGAGGGAAUCCAUGCACAGGCCGGGGAAGUGACUGCCACGGCACUCAACAGCAGCCUCGUAAAUGUGUCGCAAGGAAAUAACAGCGAUGCCAGCAGUAUGCGUGGGAGCGGACUGCUGCCGCUGCUUCUGCUGUUGGGACUGUGGGGGUUUGCGGCUCUGUGA